GCUUCUCACACGCUUUCUCCCUACGACGCACUUCCGUCGUCUGAGUGCCGCAUUAUAGUACCCCAGCAGCUGCAGAAAAAGAAGUCCUAUAACAACGGACGUGAAGUCGCGACCAUGCUACGCUGGUACCAGGCAAAGCUUAAGAGCGCCCCGCUGCUCACCCAAAGUAUAACUACGGCGGUUCUUUUCGCUACCGGCGACGUAAUCGCCCAGCAAGCCGUCGAGAAGAAGGGUCUCGAUAAGCAUGAACUCGCGAGGACAGGGCGCAUGUUUGCGUACGGUGGCAUCAUCUUUGGCCCCGCAGCCACAAAAUGGUACACCUUCCUCGCCAACCGCGUCUCCCUCUCCACCACCAACCGUACAAUCGCUGCGCGCGUCGCUGCCGACCAAUUUGUCUUCGCACCCAUGAAUAUGACGUGCUUCCUCUCCAGCAUGGCCUACUUCGAGGGCAGCAGCGUGAAAGAUAAGUUGAAUAAGGCGUGGGUGCCAGGCAUGACGAACAAUUUUCUGCUGUGGCCGUGGGUACAGGCCGUCAACUUCAAGUUCGUGCCGCUCGAGCACAGGGUCUUGGUUGUAAACUUUGUGGCCUUGGGCUGGAACUGCUACUUGAGCUACCUCAACUCCAGUGGAAGCGCGGAGAAGGGCACGGUGGAUAGGAUUGAAGCGAUGGAAGGGAAGGCGGAAAGUGAGUUAAAGAGAAUGGAAGGGGAGGCAGGGAAGGGAAUCGGGAAGCCGAUUUGAAGGCUUCGGACGUGCAAUGAGGCUUGAUCUGAAAUUGAGACUCAGGUUGUUGUAGAUUUGGGGGAACAUGGUUGGAAGAGCUACAGACGCAUAUAUGGGGGCGUGUGAUUGUUAUGUGUAUGCGAUGGACAGCAUGGAGUCCCACUUAGAGUGAUACCCUACAAUUGGAUAUUUGGCGGGCAUUAUACACAGAAUGACUUGUACUAUGUUGACUGCCAUAGGCUGUCAUUUCUCCAAUCUGAGAUCCGCU